AUGACCUUCAAGCUCAUCGACAAGGUCUACCAAGAGUAUUUGCGGAGAAACGACAACCUGUUUAUUCUCUUCAUCGAUUCCGACUGCAUCCUUGAUAAACACAGCGUUAUCACGCUCCUCCAGGAUAUGGAGUACAUCCACGGCCAGCUUUUCGAGCGAACGGUCGAAUCCGGAUGUGGCUCUGUCACUUGCCUGCCUGGCGCCCUGACGAUGCUCCGGUUCUCAGCUUUCCGGCGGAUGGCUAAAUACUACUUCGCAGACAAGGCCGAGCAGUGCGAAGACCUCUUCGACUUUGCGAAAAGUCACUUGGGCGAGGACCGCUGGUUAACCCAUCUGUUCAUGAUCGGGGCCAAGAAGCGGUACCAGAUCCAGAUGUGCACGUCAGCGUUCUGCAAGACUGAGGCCGUCCAGACAAUGGCGUCGCUCAUCAAGCAGCGCCGCCGGUGGUUUCUAGGGUUUAUCACUAACGAAGUCUGCAUGGGAUCAACGACCUCCCUGUCGGCUUCAUCGCCAUCUCGCUAG